UAUACAAGAGCAAGAACUUAGUAAGAGAAUUAAACAACAAUAUAAUAAGGCAGAAAUAUGUUAUUAUGAUAAAAAUGGAACAAUUAUCAAAAAAACAUAUUUUAGAACAAAAAGAAGGAAAAAAGAUUUACAUUAUAAUGAGCAAGAAAUUACUUUACAAAAUCAAGAUUUUUAUAAAGAUCAAGAUUUUUACAAAGAUCAGAAUUUUUAUAAAGAUCAAAAUUUUUAUGAAGAUUAA